ACUCUAUGGAUCCUCAAUGUAACCUAAAUCUUCCACUUAUAUUUUUUCCACUUCUUGACUGUCUCCUUCUAUUCUACGCCUACAUCGACGCACCUUCGCCCCCAAUUCCUCAGCCACCUAUCUACCGUCUUUGCUUGGCGUCAGCAUGCUGGUCGCCUUAGUCCUCGCUGCUUGCGCGGGAGCCGUCAAUGCUGCCUCCGGCAUGCUAGAGGUGGACCUCGUCUUUCCUCGCAACGAGACCUAUGCCGCGACGCAAAUUUUUCCAGUCAUCAUCGCCAUUCAGAACCCCGACCUAGGGCGAUUCCUGAAUCCUACGCUAGACGUGACGGUCACGAACGUGGAAACACAGGCUAGCAGAGACCUGUUCUACGACCUGAGAUGGGCGAACUUCUCCAGCAGUGAGCUUUAUCGGGAGGUCAAAAUCCUUUCAAACUUCACCGAAGAGGGCGUGUGGGCGCUUCGCUUGGACGUGGGCUGGAACAGUUGCACCGAGGACUCGCUUGCAUUCCUCGGAGGUGGCCUCGCAGCCAACCGCACGAGUCGCUCCACAUUCUUCACCAUCAAGAGUUCCGCACCAGAAUUAGAUCUCGUAGCCGCCACAAAGAACCGAGAUUGUACCGACAAUGAAGCAGUUGCCAUCAACGUGGACGCCACCCUGGCGGUCCCUGAUUUUAUCACCUGGGAGGAUUAUGAUGGAAAGACUUGUGCGUCUAUGGCAGCCACCACGCCGGCCCCGACUCCCUGCAAUGUCAAGAUUGACGCGGUUGCCGCUUCAAACAUUUCUGCAUCCAUGACGUCUCUUCAUUGCCAGGCAACUCGAAAGCCUGGAGACUCCUGUCCAACUGACGAGAAGAGCACUGCUCAGCGACUGAUUGGUGGAGGUACGGCAGGAUUGGUGGCCGCAUUUGGCACAUUCGGCUACAUGAUGGUGUGAAGAUCUAUACAGUUACAUAAUACACAUUCACUCGGUGGCUGAUCGAUUGAUUUCGUCUCCUAUCUUAAGUGGGACAACCAUAUUACAAGUCGAUACGUCUUUCGCUGACAGUAAGCAAUAGCUAAGCAAUAGCUUUAGAUUACAAGACUUUUCCCGCUUGGACUAUUGCAUUAGGCCCCCAUCAGGAUCAAUCUGUGGAACUGCCGGGAGUUAGGCCGCACCUUGGGCAGCUCGGGUCUGACGGCACCAAAGUGCGGCUGAACUACGGGCCAGGCCGUCUGUAG